UCAGUUCUAUUUUGCUGAAGUCACUAUAGCUAAAAUAUAGCUAUGGAGAACGACCCCUCGGUGAUGACGGCGCCCAUGAAGCUAAAUCUUGCUAUAAAGAAUGGGGGACCAUGUCGAGUUCAAGCGUCUGGUGGAAGAGGGACACGUUAACCCGCGCUCUGAAGAAGCCAAGGAUCCUUAUAUCGGAGCGUCUCCUGUUUACUGGGCCUCGAAACAAGGCCAGUUACACAUCCUAAAAUACCUGCUAGAAGAAAAAAAGUGCGACGUGAUGGGUAAAAAUGCGCACGGGGAUGCUCCUCUUCACGGCGCGGCGCUUGGUGGUAGCAUAGACGUGAUGCGGUACCUCGUUACGAGAAAGGGUUGCGAUCCGAUGUGCCGUGGUUGGAACGGUAGAACCCCUCUCCACUGCGCCUGUCGCAACGGGCACCUUGCCGCGGCCAAGUACCUAAUAGUUGAGUUGGGCAUCUACGCUUCUUGCCGCGACGACUUCGAUUCCACCCCAAUUCAUGCAGCAGCGCAAUUCGGAACACUUGAAGUGACAAAAUAUCUAGUCGAGGAAGAGCGCUGCGACGUGAUGAUAAAGAAUAAGAGUGGGGGUGACGCGCUGUGUGUAGCUGCCUUCGGUGGCAAACUCAAUAUAGUCCAGUACCUGAUCCAAGAGAGAAAAUGCGACCCAAUGACAAGAGGGAUUUACGGUAGGCAUCCCAUCCAUUUCGCCUGUGGUUACGGUCAUCUCAAUCUAGUAAAGUAUUUUGCUGAUGAAUUAAAUGUAGACCCCUCUUGUAAAGAUGCACAAAAUUCCACUCCACUACACCUAGCUGCGCAGUUUGGAACACUAGAGCUAGUUAAGUACCUGAGUGAGGAUAAAAAGUGUGACGUGAUGUGCAGGGGACAAUACGGUAGGACUCCAUUGCACUAUGCCUGCCUUAAUAAGGAUGCAACCAUAGUGAUCUACCUGGUUGACCAGCAAGAUGUUGACCCUUCAUGUCGAGAUGCAGAUGAUUCAACUCCUCUUCACAUUUCUGCCCAGCAAGGGACAAUAGAAAUCGUUAGAUACCUCGUGGAAGAGAAAGGUUGCAGCUUGACGUGUAACGAUAAGUACAAGAAAACCCCUCUUGAAGCUGCCGCAGUCAAUGGAAAACUAACAUCUGUGCGUUAUUUGAUUAGCAAAGGGGGUGACCCGUAUUAUAAGGGGGAUAAUGGGCGGGUUUCUCUGCACUGGGCCUGUCAGAGUGGCUCUGUUGAGGUAGUGAGAUAUCUCAUUGAAGAGGUAGGCAUGGAUCCACUCUGUCGUGACAACGACGACGUCACGACACUCCACACUGCAGCACACUGUGGGCAAGUAGGUGUAGUGAAACUGCUGGUCGAUGAAUUCCACUGCGACCCAUUAACUAAGGAUAAGUGGGGAACAUUCCUCUGAAUGUUGCUAAGCAAUACAGAAAGACCGAAGUUGUGUCCUACCUGUCUUCCCUGAAACAGUCAACUUCAAGUGAUAUGCGUUCAGCUCUAAUGCUUCGCCUAAAAGCAUACACCAUUAAUGCAAGACCAACAGGUGUUGAAUUGGGCAGUGGUACAUACGGCUCGGUCAUUGAGCUAAUUCACUGUGGGGAGAAGGUUGCGGGGAAAAAGUUCAAAAUAUCAUCGCUCGACCGUAUGCAGGCAAUGACAGAGAAACUCUGUGGAGAAAUGAUUCCAAUGAUGCAAGUCCAUCACAAGCACAUUGUCGAGAGUAAGGGGGUGUUUUUUUUGAGCGGUCACCCUAUGCCUGUUCUAUUGAUGGAGAGAAUGAUGUGUAGUCUUCAUGCAUACUUACUAGACCCAGCAAACACCAACCUAAAAAUAUCACACAAAUUCUCUUUACUAAAUGGUGUGGCAAGUGGACUAGCCUACCUCCACAACCACAAACCAGUGGUGAUACAUCAUGAUCUGACUGCCAGGAACGUGCUGCUCGAUUCAGAAUUGAAUGCAAAAAUAUGUGAUUUUGGAAACUCUCGUGUGAUGGAUCUCGACCCAGACACCAGUCCAGAGACAUUUACCAGUGUCCCAAGGCACUCUAGACUUCAUGCCUCCCGAAGCACUUGGUGUACAUGCGGAAUACGACGCAACUAUAGACAUAUUCUCGUUUGGUCAUUUAGCCAUUUUCACCCUUACGCAAUCCACAGUUAAUGUACUGCCACCGACGUACAGUGAUGGAAACAAACUCCAUGCCCGCUCAGAGGUAAGGAGGCGCUCUGAAUCACUGUCCCUCGUGGAGAAGAUGCUUGGUACUGAGCACAAGAUAGUACAUGUCGUGAAACUCUGUCUACACAACCGACCAGCACAAAGACCACGAACAUCAGAGCUGGUACAGACCCUUCAAACAAUGAAUAAUGAAGGUAUAUUAUAAUUAUGAGUGCUGUUUGGUUGUUUACCUAUAUUCGUGUUUAUAACUCAACAUGCUCAUUA